CCUUCGCCGCCGCUGCAGGCCACGUCAUGGGAAAUAAAUAAAUAAUCCCAUUCAGCCAGUGACAGGGAGAGGAACCGGCGGCGGCCGCAGGAUAAGCACCAGCCUAAGCUAGAGACAGACAGAGAGACCCGGCCAGCUUAAUUGCAAAAAGAAAAAAAAUGCCCUCUGCAGCAACAGCACAGCAGUACGCGCCCCCAGAUGGAGGAUGGGGCUGGAUCGUGGUCUUCGGGGCAUUCAUCUCCAUUGGAUUUUCCUAUGCAUUCCCUAAAGCCAUCACAGUGUUCUUCAAGGAAAUACAGGAUAUCUUCCACACAACAUAUAGCCAGAUAGCUUGGAUAUCAUCAAUCAUGUUGGCUGUCAUGUAUGCAGGAGGCCCCAUAAGCGCUGUCUUGGUGAACAAAUAUGGAAGCAGAUCGGUUAUGAUAGCUGGAGGGAUCCUGUGUUCCUUUGGAAUGAUUGCCUCUUCUUUCUGCAAUAGCGUCCUGGAGCUUUACAUAUGCGUAGGUGUUAUUGGAGGCUUGGGCUUAGCUUUCAACUUGCAACCUGCCUUGACAAUGAUUGGCAAGUAUUUUUAUAAAAAGCGUCCCAUUGCUAACGGAUUGGCCAUGGCUGGAAGUCCCGUAUUUCUAAGUACUCUGGCACCUCUUAAUCAGUUUCUUUUUAAUGCUUUUGGCUGGAAGGGAAGCUUUCUCAUUUUGGGAGGACUCCUCUUGAACUGCUGUGUGGCCGGGUCACUUAUGAGGCCCGUUGGACCGAGACCAGCUCCUGCUGUAAAAAAAGAUGUGGAGAAGGGAAAAGGAGAUUCUGCCCUGCACAAAAAUGACAAGAAAUCUGCUUGGCAAACAAUCAAUAAAUACUUAGAUUUAAGCCUCUUCAAACACAGAGGGUUCCUCAUUUAUUUGUCUGGAAAUGUUAUCAUGUUUCUUGGCUUCUUUGCCCCAAUUGUGUUUUUGGCUCCUUAUGCCAAGCACAAGGGGAUUGAUGAAUAUUCAGCUGCUUUUUUACUCUCUAUCCUGGCUUUUGUAGAUAUGUUUGCUAGGCCAUCAAUGGGUCUACUUGCAAACUCAAAAUAUAUCCGGCCAAAAAUACAAUAUUUCUUUAGUUUUGCUGUUAUGUACAAUGGUGUCUGCCACGUUAUGUGCCCAUUGGCCAAAGACUAUACCGGCCUGGUUGUGUAUGCUGUACUUUUUGGACUCGCAUUUGGAAUGGUUAGCAGUGUCCUUUUUGAGACGUUGAUGGAUCUUGUUGGAGCUGCAAGAUUUUCCAGUGCUGUAGGACUCGUUACAAUUGUGGAGUGCUGUCCUGUUCUUUUAGGCCCUCCUUUGGGAGGUUUGCUUGUGGACAUAACUGGAGACUACCAGUAUAUGUAUUUUGUCUGUGGAGUAAUUGUGAUCGUUGCAAGCAUAUGGCUAUUCAUUGGAAAUGCCAUCAAUUAUAGGCUUUUAGCAAGGGAGAAGAAAGUAGAAGAAGAAAGGCAGAGAGCACUAAAGAAUGCUGAUUCAAAGGAAGUAGAACCUUUGACCUACAAAGAGAGCGAAGAAGCAGUCAACAGAUCUAGCAAAUCUCAGGACAGUCCAUCGGAACGAGAAACUAAUAUUUAAUAAGAAACAUGGUUCAAACUCUCGUAUUUAUGACUUCCAUUAGAAGUAUUUCUUCAAAGUACAGGCCAGAUUUUGUAGUAAUAUGAUCAGUCAAUAUGCUGGAUGGGAAUUGAAGUUUGCCCAGUCUCAAUAUCCCAACCAAUUAGACCACGCUCCUGCCCCCUCCACAUGACAUGUAGAAGAAAAACUACAGAGAGACUCCAUGCACAAUUGCAUCAUAACUUUUUCUCUUCCUACCAUGCUAAUCCUGCACCAGCUGCACUGCUGUUGUGCCAGGCAUGCUAUAGCAUGUCAGCCAGUUACAACAAGGCAAAAUUAUCUUACACCUUGCCUUGAAACACCUAACAACCUGCACAUCACCAGGUGUACAUGUUUUUUGUAGAAGUCUAGCAGGACCAGGUCUAUAUGGAAAGGGAAGGUUAUGUUGUAAUCAUCUGAAAAAAUCUAUACCUAUCCAGUUCUACAUACAUGGAAGGGGCAUGAUCAUGGCAUUGCAUUAUGCCUUUUGAUGUUGUUGUUUUGUUUUGCUUUGGUGGAAAUAGUGUUAAGAAUGCCUCUUGAAAUUGGCUCGAGUGAGUCAGUUCAAACCCAGACUGUAACUAAGGUUUGACUGAAAAGUCUUCCAGUAACAAAUAGUCUUGCUUUCUAUUAAUAAUAAUUUUAAAAAAUGGUUGUCUGUUAAAGGAAGACAACAGUCUUAAUCCUCAGGAUAUUACUAAUGUCUACUGACUUUUUGGCUAAUAGAAUGAAACAAUGCCUUAGGCUUCAAUGUGAAAGUAAAAAAUGGAGUAACUAGUAACAGUGAUCUGAGUAAAAAGCACACCAAAAAAGGAAUUGCUGCUUUAUAGUGCAUUUUCAGUAGCUUCUGAUAAAAUUUUACUAUGUGGACGAUGAAAGUAGAGACCAGGAGUAGUUUAUUUUAUUGCUGAAUGCAGUAGAGGUUUUAAUUACGGUGAAUCAGAAGUCAUUUCCUGCUGCUGUAAUUGAUUAGAAAUUUAAAUAUUUAUGGCCUGAUCAAGGACUUGCUGUGUGAGCAAAUGAUAAGCUGCCUUUGACUGAGUCAGACUAAUGGUCCAUCUCACUCAGAAUUGCCUGCACUGAUUGGUUUUUCAAAGUCUCAAGCAGAGAUUCCUUUAACUAGAGAUGCCAGGGACUAGACAUGCCUGGAACCUCAUGUGUGCAAAGCAUCUACUCUAUGCCUAAACAAUGGAUGUAGAAUGUCUGCAUCAGGUGUUGAGUUUGUACAAAAUCAUAGAAAUGCUGGCACAUAUGUUUAGGAUGAGAGCAUAACUUUUGAAGUCAUAAUGCCUUACUCCAAAUAUGUAUGAAUUUUUUUCAUAUUCUCCAGUUGUUAAAGCCUAAAGUAGAACAUGUCCCUACUACCUUACUAACUUUUCUGGUUUAGGAGGCAUAUUUUAUAAACUGCCACGCUAAUAAAUUGUAUGCCAUCUAGUCUACAAAGUUAUGGACCACAUGUGCACAGAUAUUAAUAGAGUAACUGAGGGCUAAAUAAAAUAACUUUGGAGGAAUCUUCCAACCCAUAAUUUGGUCAUUCCUAAAAGAUAAUUUUCUUAUUUUAGAAAUAGAAUGAAAUCAACUAGAGGAGUAGUUCUCCAGCUUUAGCAAUCGGAGGGACCCCCAUUUUGAUUAACAUUUCUUCACAGACUCUCACUAGAACCUGCCUUAUGCUGGACAGAUGCUUUUCAAGCCGUGCAUGCUUUGUUAAAGCUUCUGUCCUCUCACAUCAAAACAAUACAAUUAGAGUCAUGUCAGUUACACUUUAAAAAGUCAGUUUAUGCAAAAUAUUUGUAUUGUCUAUACAUGACCUACAAGGUCAGGGUACAAAGGAUAGCUAACUCUGUAGGUCCAAACUCAAAAAGCCAUCCAAGUUCUAAUGUGUCUCAUUCCUCUAUUGACAGGGGCCAUAUGUGAGAGGCCGCAAGAAACUCCUUAUUGGCUAAUAACAUACAGACCAGGAAAACAAGGGUGGGAAGGGGCUUAGAAAAACUUUGAGAGGUCCUCAUAUACAUAGAAAUAGAUCAGCAACACUCAAAACCUGAACUUUCCAACAUGGAACUGAAAAACUCCAUUGUUUGUGGCUAAAGGAUAUGGAAUGUGGUCCAUCUCCUUGCACUGAAAACCAGUUCAAUUUUAUACUGGAACUCUGAUGAUUUCAUUAGGACUGUAACUCCUGGGUAUCUGAAGAAGUGAGUGCUGACUAAGCUCAUACCCUACCACAAAUUUUGUUAGUCUUAUAGGUGCUACUGGACUCUUGUUCUUUUCUACAUUCAAUCAAUUAAAAUUCCUGAGGAUGAGCUAUUAAUUUCAUAAAUCAUCAUAUUUUCUGGCUAUUGAUCAGAGAUUAUCUGGAAACAGGUGAUUGCAGACAGAAGUGGUUGAACACUUUCCUGCCCUUUGACGGAGAGGGAAGCCAAUUCCACACCUGAGGUGGAGAAUCCCUGGCCAGUACCUAGAUCACUAAGCAAGCUCCAUUUCUAUGAUAGCCAGAUGGGUACGAGAGCUCUCCACAUUACAGAGAACAGGACCUGCAAAAGACAGAACCUUCUGGAGUACCCUCACAGAUACCUGGGACCCCCCAUUUUGAGAUACACUAAAUUAAAGACUGAAGUUUUAAAUGCAACCCAGUCUUUCUGCCUUUGUGAGUCAGAUCCAAUUAUUUGAAGGUUGGAGAACCUGUUGUCAAGCUGGCAAUUCAAAUCAAACCAAUUGUCUUAUCCAUUGGCCACAGAGAUGCUUUUAUUGAUAAAAUGUAGCAUCAUUGUAGAAAAUGCAGCCCUCUCAUUCUUAUGCUAGCAGCGCUUGCACUCAUGUUAGAUCCAGACCACCGUUUGUAAAAACAUAGAAUCUGGUUGUCUACAAAAUCUGCUUAUUUCCAUUAUUUUAUUUCUUUCAAGUCUCACACUGAAGGUGGUAAAAAAUAUGUUUGUUUAAUAUAAAAUUGAGAAAGGGAACGUGCAAACCUUUCUGUAUGAGAUUUUAGGACAAAACUAUUCAUAAAAUAUUCAUUCACUGCUUAUGCAGUACACAUGCAAAUUGCUUUCAGAAAUGCAGUGUUUUGCAACUCAUUGAACCCCUUUUCCUACUUCUAAGAAAUAUGACUGUUCGGCAGUUCAAUCCUGGGCAGAGUUACACCCUUCUAAACCCAUGGAUUUAGAAGGCUGUAACUGUACUUAGGAUAGCACCAAAAAUGUGCUAAUACCUUCAGAGGCUUUUUUUUAAAGUAAAAAAAAUGGCUACAUCUUUGCGCUAGUUCUUUUGUUGUUUUUAGUUGCCUGAUUUAAGAAAGAUUUUAUUUUGUCUACGUCAUCCUUACAAUUGAUUAUUCUGCUAAACAUACCAUUGACAAUACCAAGCAGGUGUAAUUCUCUUCUGGCUUCUUCCAAACUCAGUGUAUUUGUUGCUUAGUCUACUAAGAUAUGGACUUCAUGGUCUACAGAAUCUAGUAGAUAUCCUGGAGGGUCCUGGAGCUAGGGCCUACUUGCUCUUUCAAGGUUUCCAGUGCAAUCAAUCUACCAUAGUAUUCACACACUACAAUGAUUGGCAUCUUCCAAGCAAUCAGUUUAUAGUACAAUAAAUUCACAGUUCCUUAGCAGUGGGGGUUUUUGAUUCCUUUUUUCAAGGUAGCCUUUCUCUUGGAUAUUGGAUUUUCUUAGCACUCUGGUCUCAGUAUUUUGUGCCUGGAAAGAUGAAGUUUAUCCUCAAAUCAAUGACAGCUAGUUCAGUAGAGAAUGUAUUAUUUGAGCAUCACAUGUAUUUGUGCCUGUGACCUCAAUACUGAGAGGUGACCAAGGCUGCAAUCCUAAGAAUUCUUUCCUGGAACUAAACCUCAUGAAAUGAGAUGGGCACGAACUGAAAUACAAACCAAAAUUAAGCACGAACCAGGCCAGUUCAUGGUUCGUGAACCACGGUUCAUCAGAUCCCAUUUCUGAUGAACCGCCACAAACUUUUAGGCUGGUUCGUUUGGUUUGUUUUUUGGUUCAUCAAUCAGUUCCCUAGGCAACAGGGGAUGGACUUCCUGCAGACCUUCUGCUGGCCCAGAAGUGAUGAUUUUCUGACCUGGAUGUGAUGUUUUCAGGAACCAAAUGAACCAGUUCGCGAACUAGGGGCAGGUUUGUGAAAGUUCAUGGUUCGUGGUUUGUGAAAUUUGACGAACCACAAACCACAUGGUUCAGGUUUUUUUUCAGUUAAUACCCAUCUCUACUCAUGAAACAAGAGGCUUACUUCUGAGUAAACCAUCUGGAGGUUUUCCUGAAAAUCUUUAUCAUGUUUGUGUUGUCAUAUUUGUUACUGAUUUUAAGAACAGUAAAAAUUCUUCAGGUUUAGGCCUAUUCAAUUCAACAUUCAAAACACAGAGAGGGAAGGCAACACUUUCUUUGUUACUACCUCACCUGGCAGCAGUAUCCAGCCCUUCCUAUUGUUUUCUGUUUCAUUUUUAUCCUGCCUUUUCUUCAAAGAGUUCAGGCAGCAUACAUGGUUCUUCUCUCCUCCUCUCCUUCUCUCCUUGAUCUUUACUACAACCCUAUGAGGCAGAUCAGGAUAAGAAAAAGAGAUUGCUAAGAUCAGCCAAUAAGUCUCAUAAGUGAAUGGAGAUUUGAUCCAGCAUACCAUAAUCUAACAACUAUACCACACUGUUUUCCUGGGUCUUUGGGAGGUUUUGGUCCUCGGUAUGUUUGUUUUGGUGGUGUUAUUGUACACUAUACAUAUUCUUUCUGCCUUUACUGCAGCACAUACCUUUUAAUUUUUAGAAAAUGGAUAUGAACAAGCCUAUCCCCUAUAGUAAAACUCUCAAUGUGCAUGUCUGUCUUUCUGUCCAUUAAUAAAGAUGGAAUAUCAUUCUAUAAGUGUUGAGUGAGGGCUAGUUCAAGUAUAGUGCUAAAAACUGAAUCCAAGUUUUUCAUAAACAACUGGCAAGGCACAGCCCAGUGUCAGAUUUUUUAAGGCAAAGAAGUUAGAAGUGACUAUGCUGUUUCUGUCUAAAUGUAGGUUUAGGUGGUUUGAGGCAGCCUCUGAGUUUUCCCUCUCUCUCCCUCUUGCCCCCUCCCCACACACAUACACAAUGUACCAGAAUAUUUUACUGCUUAAUGCACAAAAUGAAUUUAAAUUGACCUUUUUCAUACUCUUUUUAACAUAUGUGAAAAGAGGAUGUGAAUUAUCUGUAUCUGCUGCCCAACAGUUGCAUGAAAUGUGAAAACUAUAUUUUACCUGUUUGAGGAAGAGGAAGAAAGACUUUUUCACCUACUUUCUGCAAUUGAAAAAGGGAAGAAGUACACAAUCCCACAGGCAAUGUUUGUAAUAUUUCAAAUUAAUUACCAUCUUCCUUGCCAUUACAAAUUUGGUUCCUGAUCUCUUCAGAAGAUGUGAAUGAGUACAGCAGAAAUUCUUAUUGGUUGAAUAACUGUCAUGUCAGCAAAAAAUAAUCGAAGUAUUUGCAUCUAUGGAAGGAAUGCAGUUAAAAUUAUCCUUCCCACAUGUUCAUUCUUAAUGAUCUUGGAACUGGAAAGCCAAAAAUGGUCAGUUAGUGAACUGUUUAGGAAAUAUAAUUUAAACCUCUGUACAUAGAUGUAGGAAUUAAGGAAUAGAAAAUUGCCUUUGAAAUCCUAAAGACACUUUCCUGGGAAUAAACCCCAUUUAGCAGACUUCAGUAAGAUUAUGAGAAGCCUUGUUUAGGAUUGCACUACCAUCUUUAAUCAUUUGGAUCCUUAUAUGAGCUUUUCAUACAAAAGUAUCUAUUAUACCUUCCCCACAGUAUAAAAUAUGGCUGCACCAGGUUUCAUUUCACUAGCCUCAAAUUUCACAUAAAAUUACAGGGUUUCAAGAAAAAGGGUACUUGCAUUUUCUUAGCUGAAAUACCCACCCUUUUCAUAAGAUGCUACUGUUAGGUUUCAGAAUAUCUUAGUUAGAAAUGGCCCAAUAAAGUAAGGAAAGCAUCUAAGGAGUAAAGCUCUCUCUCUCUCUCUCUCUCUCUCUCUCUCUCUCUCUCUCUCUCUCUCUCUCUCUCUCUUUCUCUCAUAAUAUAUUAAUUAUUCUCCUAUAAAAUAUGCAUCUGUUUAUUUAUUUUUUUUAAAUGCAGAGUAUAUGGUAACAGAAACUUCACCCACUCAUAAUAUACAAUCAUUUUGUAUUCUUGGUAAAAAGUUAGCUUUUAGACUGUGUGGUUCUUUGGCCUGCUCCUGCUCAUGAAAACGAAGCCUACGCACAACAGUUUGUACAUAUAUAGGCACCAUGCUCAUAUUCCAACAAUUAUGCAUAAGAGGAAAGGGCAGUGUGCUUGUUCUCAUUACCCCACACCUGUGUCAUCUGAAAAGGGCCAUUGGCUCUAUCCAUCUCAGUCCUGCUUAAGAAGUGGUAUGUCAGUGAGCCGAAUUAAUUCACUGCCAUAGGCCGUCAGAGCCACCAACUUAAGUGACUUUAAAAGGGAUUCGACUAAUUCAUGGAGGAGAAGUCCAUCAUACAAUGACACAAUAACCAAAUGGAGCCUCCAUAUUCAGAAACCUAACCUCUUAAUAUCAGUGCUGAGUAAAGUAGCAGAACCUCUGUGCUCUGAUUAUAAGCCCUCCAGCUUCCCAGUGACCUCGAGAGGUGUUUCUCAGGUCUUUAAACAAAAACUCCUGAUAGAAUGUAUUUGGUAGAAUCUGAGGUUUUAAAUGUACAAAUUAUGUACUACAUUGUACAACUGAAAAGUAGCUUCUCUGUAUAUCUGAUACAAAAACCAUUGUAUCAGAAUAAAAAUGGACUGUGAUAAAUCCGAUGUAUUGUCGAAGGCUUUCACGGCUGGAGAACGAUGGUUGUUGUGGGUUUUCCGGGCUGUAUUGCCGUGGUCUUGGCAUUGUAGUUCCUGACGUUUCGCCAGCAGCUGUGGCUG